AUGGUGUCGGCGGAGACGAUCGGAUCAAUAUUCAUUAAAGUUUUCAAACUGGUUUUGAACAUCGUCAUCCUCAUCCUGUACCGUACCGGUUAUGGCGGUGACUUCCUCGGUGUGGGCGGCACGUGGAACCUUAACGAGGAGAAAAGUCCCGACGCGGAGAUUGUGGCCUCCGGAGUGUUUGUCGGUUACUUCAUUUACACCUCGGUUCAGCUAAUUACGUUUGCCUUCGGAACGACCAAGUUGAAGCGUGAACUGUCGGAUACGAUAAUGAACGUCGUCGGUACCUUCAUGUGGGUUGCUGUCGGUGGAACUGCCCUCCACUACUGGCACGGCUACCUGUCGGAGUACGAUUUCCAGCACAUUUCCCCGGAACGAACGGCCGGCCUCGCUCUUGGUUCACUUUGCGUCGUCUCCGGUGCGCUCUACCUGGCCGAUUCGGUGCUGGCAUUUAUUCACUAUGCCAAGCAUGAGAACAGCAAAUACUAA